AGGUCUUGUAACCACUGAAACAGAACCCAGGUUUCGCUAAUGGAGAGUGUACCACUCUCCCUGGUACUCCAAGCCUUGGGCCUGAGAGAUCCCCAGGAUGGGACUGCUUGGGCAGGGAGGCCCUAGCCGCAGCUGUGUGAGGGUGAUUUGGGGGAGACUUUCCUGGGAAGGGCUGCGUCCUUCCUCUGGAUCAGAGGCUGGAAAGGAAGAGUAAGACCAGGAAGGGCCGGGCAUGAGGAACCCUGCGAGGAAGGCUGUCGGCAGCUAAAGCAGCUAAGGGCUACGGGCCCCAGAAGGAGGCCUCAUACUAAGGGCCAGAAACCAGACAAGGCGCCUCCUAAGAGCAGCCGCCCUGGCAGAUGCAGACAGUGAUCGUGACUUUUAGGUAUUUUAGGUAUGAGGUCAUGUGUGGUGGCUGGAAGUGAGCUUGAACCGACUGCCUUAAGCCAGUGCUGAUAGAGCCAGCUGGAGACAGAGGCCGCCUGAAGUGGGGGCCUGCUGGGAGGGACAGACACUGGGCGGGCAGCCGCAGGUGAGGUCCAGCCUCAGGCAGGGCUGGACAGCCAGGCCUCCUUAUGUGGGCUUGACUCACCAGGGAAAAGUCCCUGGGGAUGCUGAGCAGGGCAGGGAGAGCUGCUGGGCAGGACCAGCUGGCUGCUGGUGCCCUGGUCCUCGCCCUCUGUCAGUGGAAGGGUGGGGGUGGGGGUGCAGCACUCCUGGCUGGGAGCCCAGCAGAGUCUUUUGUAAUCACAACAUGAUCUCGUGUGCUGAGCAGCGAAGCCGGCAGGGAGAGGCCAGCAGAGGCCCGGCUCCGGCUUCCCUCCUGCUCUGGCUCCCCCAGGGCUGCUCUGGAAUUCUCUCGGUGCCCGCUGUUGUCAUGAACCCAGCUGGAUCUCAUAGAGCGGAGUCCCUGAUGAGCAGGCAGGAGGAGAAGGAUGCAGAACUGGAUCGCAGGAUCAUCGCCCUGCGCAAGAAGAACCAGGCCUUACUGCGCAGGUACCAGGAGAUCCAGGAAGACCGUCGGCAGGCAGAGCAGGGGGGCAUGGCUGUGACCACACCAUAUCCCCUCCUACCAGACAGCCUCACUGUCACCAUCAGCCAGGUUCCUGGUGAGAAGCGGGUUGUCAGCAGGAACUGGGUAAGGAGCCCUCUUGGACCUGGAGUGGACAAUGAAGUGACUGGGGAUGAAGAUGGAGAAGACCACAGGGGUACUUUCUGCUUGGGAAAGAGAGUGGACCUGGCCGUUACAAUGGAAAACAAAGCCAAGGCUAAACGGAUUGUGAGUGAGAAGCCCACUAGAGCAAGGAGCCAGGGUGCAGAUGGGUCACCUGGAGGAGGCUGUGGCCAGAGCUCCCCCAUGCAGAUGGCCAUCAGCUCAGAUUCUGGCCGGAAGGGUGCUCGGGAACCACGGAGUCCAGGCAUGGUCUCAAGCCCAGCACCCCGGCAGCCAGUGGGGAAGGCCCCGGAGACAGUGGGCUGGGACUAUGCACUGUGGAAGCAGGAGCGGGAGCAGAUUGACCUGGCCCGCCUUGCCCGGCACAGAGAUGCACAGGGUGACUGGCGCCGCCCGUGGGACCUGGACAAGGCCAAGCCCACGCUACCAGACUGCAGCAAGCCCCAGGACGAGGGUCUGGCUAGGGUGGGCAGCAGAAAAGGUUUCAGGGGCCAACGGAAGCUACAGCCCCCACUUUUGUCCCCUGAUGGAAAAGAUCGGGGAGGACAGCCUGGCAGACCUCCAGUGGUGCCAGCCACAGGCAGCAAACCCCGGGGGAAGGAGAGGCUAACUGGCAGGGCCCGAAGGUGGGAAACAAAGGAAAAUGAGGAGGAGCUGCAGAAUCAUGAGGGAAGCCAGAGCACCAGAAAGCCUUCAGGGCCAGAGGAAGAGCAUGCACAGAAGCAGAGCAACACGAAGUUGGAUGGACUGAAGGGGAGUCUGGCAACCAGCACAGCCCUGGCCUCCCCAGAGGGGCCAAAAGGGGAAUCAGCAGCCUUGACAGCCAGCUCAGACCCUGGCUCUCCACAAAACACUGACCUGGCUCCCCUUGACCUCUCUCUAGGGAGAGCCAGAAGCCCCAGGCCUGGAGAGAGUACAUGUACGCUCAGCCCAGGGCUUGGGGCCCAGGACAGCCCAGUGUCCCUGCUAGAUGGCUCCCAGAAGCAGCCCCUGGAGGGUAAUGACUACCAGUGUGGGCCAGAAGUCCAGAGUUUUUCUGGACCACAGAAAGGAACAGGGGUCUUAGAGCCCAAAGAGGACAGGGCUAGCAAAGCUGGGGUCCAGAAGAGCCUGGCUCCAAGAAGCAGGCCUCCCAGAGGAAACAGCCAAAGAGGGAGAGGCACAGGUGUGAGGAGCAGGACAGGAGGUCCUGGCCCUUAGGGGAGAUGCUGGGCAUGGCUCACAGGGAAUGGGAGCCGUGGUGAGGAGGAGGGAGAGACUUGAUCAGGAGAGUGUAUGCUGAUUGUCUGGUUGCUGGGGGCUUGUGCCAGCCUGGCUGAGCAGUGUGGCAAGCCCUGAACAGAGCCACCUCCUACCCUCACAAGCAGGCUCGGGCCCUGGCCUGUUGCUGUGCUGAGGCCAGAUAGCCAAUGCUGGCUCCCUGACCUGUGCCCAUUGCUGCCCAGGUCAUGAGCCUUUUCCACCAUGGUGACAAAACAAGGCUCGCUAACCCCCAGAACCUGGUUUUGCGGGCUACCCAUCGUCUCUAGGGCCUGGCCUCCCUCUCCAGCUGCAGGCUUCCGUCUCCGCAAGUCCAGACAGGCUCACAGCUGGCAAGGGGAGCCCAGGCCCAGGUCCUACUUUCCAUGCUCCUACCACCCAGCCGAUGACUCACAGUCCCAGGAUGGCCAAGGCCAGAGGACCUCAGCCAUCACCUGCCAUCCUGCUGUUUCUCCUAAAGAAGACUCUGAAGGCCCAUUGGCAGGGACUGGGCUGGGCACAGAGUAGGAAAGUAGACUGUGCAAGGAGAGUGUAUGGAAAAGCCUCUCUGAAAUGGGGCAGGCUAGGGAGGGGACACCUCCUGAGCCCACCGCAGGUGGCCAAGCUCACCACCCUGAUACCAGAAGGGAGACAAGGGCCUGGUCCUGCAGCCUAGGGUUAUUUCCUGCCUUCUCUUCUUCCUCCUUCCUCCCCUAUCUCCUGCACCAAGGCUGUGCCAAAGCAAGAAAUCAGACAGUGACAGAGACUGGAGAGACAGGCGGACAUUGACUCCAGCUAAGUAGGAGAUCGGGUCUUUAUCUUUCCUAUGUAGUCUCCGCCCAACCCCCAGGCCCACGUCUAGUGAAUUAUCCAGACGCUGCACAAGCUGUGGCUUCCUUUCAAUUCAACAAACAUUUCCUGAGCACCCUCUACCAGUAAUCCAGCCAGUGGGCGAUGGUAGCUUUGCCAACAAGAGGGAGGGAAGAAAUCCAGUCAUAGGCAGCUCUAGCCUGAACAGCAGGAGCUGUUCUUGGCUGUAGGCACAUGGCAGCACUGGGGGCAGGACAGUGGAAGGAGCUAGAGGAGAAAUGGCCAUCUCUGCUUGGAGGCAGCUGCUCCUCUUUUAUGGGAUCCACAACCUUUGUACCCAGCCCUCUUGCCUGGACCUCAACAUGUGGCCCCUUCUGUUCCCCUCCACUCUGGCCCUGCAUGGGUCUUUCUGAGACGUUAGUGGAUCUCACAGAUUCUCCAAGGCUCUAUGGAGAGCCCAGAGGGUCUCUAGGAUGUCACUGCAGUUACCCAUGAGGUUAGAAUUGUGGGGUGGCAGCCCAGUCAUCUGCCCUGGCUCUCCACUCCUCCCCCAUCCUCUAUUCAGGAAAGGGAUGGCUUCAGCAUACCAGACGGGAGAACCCUUCUAAUGCUUUCCUGUGAAGAGUCAGGCAGGUUCUGAAAAGGCCUGAAAGUGAGGCCUCCCGCUCCUACUGCUUUCUGGACUCCACCUUUCGAGCAGGAAGAGUCUCCAUGAGAAUGCAAGGAGGGCUGGGAGAGAGGGCAGACUCUAAGGGGCAGCUUGCUGACUACAUAGGAGCAGGGAAGGUCUACUCUUGCCUGGUAAGCAGGCAUCUAGGUUUCAGAGUGGAAUGGAAAACAGAGCUUCCUGGGAAAAUCUUCAGAAAGCAGUGAGAGUGGUGUUAGCUCUGCAUUAUAUACCAAGACACUGGUCAGGGAUGCUAGGAGGUGAAUGGGUAAAAGCAGUGGGGGUGGGUUGAACAGAAGUCUGGGAAUGCUUGGAAAACCUAUGCAUGUGGACACAUCUGGGCCAGGGUGAAAACUCCCGGCUCAAGCUUUCCUCUUGUCAUCUAGUGAGAAAUUUACAGUCUUGGAGUAUGACACAGGCCCCAGAGCUUGUAAUUCCCAAAGGAUAAGGCUAUGGAGAGCAGGUUCAGAGCCCUUGAGUCCAGAUGUCUCUAGAAACAUUUCAAUAAAAAAAUUUGAAUUCUGAACUGGGCAUGUAGCUCUAUGGUGGAGCACAUGCCUUAGCCUGAGUAAGGUCUUGGGUCUGAAACCCAGUAGCACAUCAAAAACAAAAAGGAGAGAAUUUGAAUUCUAAAUUUCCUAUUAUAUCCCACAGAACCAAAGCUCCCAACUGUACAGAUGUGCCUUCAUUAAAAGGUGUAGGUUAAGGUACGUUUGACCAUGGAAUGAGAAUGGAGAAAUUGGGCAGAGCCCUGGCUCAGCCCUCGAAGCCAGAGGGAAAGUUGGGCAGAAGGGCUUGGAGGACAUGGCCCUUCUCUUCGUGGGGCAGCAUCCAGAGGGCUGUUAGGAGAAAGGGUGUCCUGAGGUUGAGAGAAGAGAGAAUAACAGGAUGUCUUCAUUGUAGGCAGAUGGUAGUAGUGCAGGGAGAUAACUUGAGCUUUUCCUGGGAAAGAAGAGCUCUUCUCCAAAAUAAGGGAAACAGUGGCUGUGGUGGCUGGCCCUGCUGCUCUAAGAUGGAACCAACUGUGGAGAUGAAGCACAGCUAGACACCCUCCACAGACCCCGGGAUGGUGACAAGCUUGUUGUAUCUCUUCUUAGCAUUGAGCUGUCUUCUCAGAUGCCUGUCUACUCUGCAACCAUCAGACAAGACUACUCUUCAAAGGUCUUCAUUAACCUUGGCUAUCAGGAACCUAGACAUAGAGCUUGAAGAGCUCAGCAAGGAGGGGACACAGAGGAGGAAGGAGCCAGCAGGGAGAGGACAGUUUUACCUCAGGCCUCAAGACAGGAGAGCUGAAAAGGCAGAGGCUUCUCUGUCCCAGGCCAAUCUUACAUAGCAGGGAGAAACCAGAGCAGACCAGGCGUGAGAAAGCCAUGUGUUUUGAGGGCAGGGAGCAUGAUAGACUGAAGUAAGCACUGGCCUUGGAAUCUAACAGGCCGAACCAAACCGUAGGGCUGCCAUGUCAGUUGAGUGACUGGUCAAUUUUAACCUCUAAAGCCUCAGUCUCUUUAUCUGCAAAGUAACAUCUACCUUGAAGAGUUGUUAAGAAAAUUAAAGUUUGCAAAUAUACCUGACACAGCAGACACUCUAGUGUGCUCAGCUGGCACGCAGAAGGCACCCAGUGGAUACCUACUGAAUAAACGAAGUGGCUAUUUGGUGU